ACAAUAUUGAAAUAUAGAAUUGCAUUCUAAAGCCAAAGCAAGAAACGCGGCUGCCUUAUGACAUUGGACGCUGCAAGAGAUUGGCAAUCGAAAGAGUUCGGUAAUGUCGACAUCUUGCGUGAGACAUUUGGGCAUUGGGAACGAUUGCAUGGAAUAAUUUAAUUCCGUGCCUGAUGCAGACACAAGUCGCUCCCCAGUUAUCAACAUGCAGAAAAAUCUCAUUAGUUUGAUGUUGCUGGUUGCGGCGGUUACUUCAGCUACUUUAGAUCCGACCCACGUCGUGGAUGAGGUCGAAUGGAUUCCCAUCAAUUACCGGAUCGAUUCUCGUGUGCGCAGGCAAGUUCCCUCUACCGAUGCCAAAGAGGAAACAGAUGCCUCCAGCAAUGUGCCAAUUAUCGACGGUACAACUCUUUUGAAGGAUUUGGCGAUUGUUCAGAGCCCAACCGAUGUCGUCCGCCAGGGAACCUCAUCCCUCAUCACGUUGCCCAUAGACACGUCUGCGAUUUCACUCGACGCUUGCAUUUUCAUCGGCCUCAAAAUCAAAAUCAUCAUCAACAUUCUGGAUCCGCUUGUCUGCAGCAGAAUUUGCGCUAGCGAUGCCAACUGCACCCAUUUCACGCACGAACCUCUCAAGAGCGGUGGCACUUGCACGCUGCACAGCGCUCCCGAUCUGGGUAAGGAGUGGUCGACUCCCGCGCCCAAAAACUCAGGCGCCACUUGCGGUCAGACCCCAAACAAGAAAAAAUGUGUUUCUAGCAAUGGAUCGCUCAUUAACUUGUGCGUUGAUCUCGGCUUGAAAAUCAUCCUUGGUUUGCUUUAAAUUGCAUUCAACCGAUGAGCAUCAGCUUAUGGAUAUCAAAAGGUUGUGGGUUUUGAUAUAGGGAUUAUUUGGUUUUUCAUUUUCUUCCGGGCAAGACGUAAUACACAAAUUUAGUAUCA